GAUCAUCCGGGCCAUUCCUUGCUUGGUUGCUAGACUACACCAAACAGUUGUGACUUCCAUGUUGUUUACAAAUCCAUUUUACUUAGGUUUUUAGCGGAGAAAAAUUGCAUUAAAAGAAAUUAGACUUUAACAGACAAUAUGUCGGUAAUGCAACCUCAAAAGAAAGACUGUGGCUACUCAAAACUGAAGUCGCCUACUAAAGGAGUCAUAGGAUUCACAGUUCAGUCAACUCAAAAGAAUUCAAAGGUUGAGUGUCCACCACCAGCUGGUGCUUUUAAAGAAAGACCUUCAGGCCCAACUUCCUUCAGAAAGUUUUAUGAAAGAGGAGAUUUCCCAAUAGCACUUGAACAUGAUACAAAAGGAAACAAAAUUGCAUGGAAGGUUGAAAUUGAAAAGUUAGACUAUCAUCAUUAUCUUCCCCUGUUCUUUGAUGGACUUUGUGAGACAGCACAUCCAUAUGAAUUCUUUGCCAGACAAGGGGUACAUGAUAUGUUAGAACAUGGAGGUUCAAAAAUCCUGCCAGUCAUUCCACAGCUUAUCAUUCCUAUAAAAAAUGCGCUGAAUACCAGAAAUCACAAAGUUGUAUGUACCACAUUGAAAGUACUCCAGCAUUUGGUAGUAUCAGCAGAUAUGGUUGGUGAGGCCCUUGUUCCAUAUUACAGACAAAUCCUGCCAAUUCUCAAUAUCUUCAAAAAUAUGAACUUGAACUCAGGCGACGGGAUUGAUUACAGCCAACAAAAGAGAGAAAACAUUGGCGACCUUAUUCAGGAAACGUUAGAAGCCUUUGAGAGGCACGGAGGGGAAGACGCUUUCAUAAACAUUAAAUACAUGGUUCCAACAUUUGAAUCUUGUAUGCUGAACUGAUGAAUUCAACAUGUUAUUUCUUAUGGACAUUUUAAUAUUCUGUGAAUGAAGAAAUAUAUUUCUCCUUGCUUUUGACCAGUAUAAAUAUUUAUAUUUCAGUAAAGUAUUUCUUUCAAAUUGUUUCCAGAAAAAACACCAGAAAUUACAUUUUGUGUUUGUUGUUUCCAAAUAAAGCCCAGGUACUGUACAUGCUAAUUUGUACACCUUUUGUGAAGGGAGCAUUUACCGGUAGUAUAAACAGGCCAAAUUACAGAAGUAUUAUUUACUUAGAAAUUAAAAAUAGAAAUUUAUUAGUCUUUUAAAUUUUUAUUAUAUUUUGCUGUUUAUGUUGUUAAAUUAUAGCUAUGGAAUGUUUAUGUGAAAGGUUUUUGUUUAAGGGCAAUUUUCAAACAAAUGGACAAAAGUUAUGAAGUCUUGAAUAGUAUAAGGAUCUAUUUAGUUAAACACUGAAGGAACGUAACAUGUUUAUUGUGUACCUAUUUUAGGAUAGCGGUCUACGGAAUGUAUGGAGACGUCUAUUGGAAAGGCAGUUUAUUGUUUCUAAAUGCAUGUUUUUGUAUUGGUCACUAUUGUUUUACACUGUGUUUCCAUUUUCAUGUACAUAUGUAGAAUGCAUUUGAAAGGCAGUGGCUGAUUGAGUGAGUGUAUUUUUUUCUAUUAAAACUGUGUCUAAAAAGAAUUAAAAGGACAAAACUAGAGUUCUGUGAAAACUGAAGUUUGUUUUUGCUUGUACAAAUUUUGCGAUACCUACAAUCGACAAGUUAAAAUGAAAUACCUGUGAGCAUGUAGGUUGAAAAUGAAGAUAGAAAUAAAUUUAUUUGUACAUGUAGAUCUACAUAAAUAUCUGUGAUAAAUUGUAUAUGUUGAUUUUAUGUUGUGCAUUUGUUUAUUGACAAACAAUCUGUGUAGUUUUACACAAUUUCAUUUGGACAGAACAGUCUUCUUGGGUUCAGUAACGUAUUUUCAAUUCUCUCCGAGCACCUUUUAUUUUAGAAUCAUUCACCAAUACCUUAAACUGUGUGUACUUGAUACAGCCUAGGGCAUCUUUGAACAAAAUAAUUGUGGAGGUUAGGUGUGUUGCCCGUCUCCUGUAGAGACAAGUGCAGUUUUAGUUUUACAUAACCCAGCUUUACUUCAGUAUGUUUUCACAAAGACCAACAUAUCCCUGAAGAUGGACAUAUUUUUGUUUAAAGAUGACCUAGUUUGUUUCAAGCCAUGGAUAUUUGUCACAUUUUAACAUUUAUAAUACUGGCAGUAAAUUUUACAUGACAUUUUGAAAGAAUGGAUUCAAGUUAAUGUGCUUGAAUUUUUUUGGUUAUCAAAUAAAAGACCAUUAUAUAUUAUA